AUGCUGUUCAAGAUUCGAGCAGCUCCGUUGGAGCGACCUUGGUCUAAUAUUGUUGCCAAGUACUGUCUAUUCGUGGCAAAGUGAGUGAAAAGCUGCGGAAGUGUGAGAACAGAUAGUUUGUUUACCAGAAAUUUUUGUGCUGCUUACCGAAUUUUGUAGUUUGUAGUCUAAGCAGCACCACUCUUGUUUUUUCAACGAAAAAGUUGCAGAUACCCAUGGCCAUUCAUCAUAAUUCCCUCAAUCAUAACAAUAUGCCUCUCAAUGGGGAUAAUUCUCAAUUUCCGAAUAGUUCGUGGCGUCAACUAUCUCUAUGCGCCUUUAAAUGCCACGUGGAAGUCGGAAGAAGCAAUUUUCGGAGAGAAUUGGGCAAAGGAUGACGAACAUUUUUAUCCAGGUUUGGAAAAGAUAGCAUUACUGAAAUUUUAGUUUUUUUUUUAGGAAAGGAUAUUUUGCGAAGACAAGGAAUCUAUUUGAUUGUGAAUUCCAAGGAUGGAGGCGACAUUUUAAGACAAGACCAUGCCAAAGACUUUCUGGAAAUCCUCGAAUGGAUAUCCAGUAUAAAACUUUUAUCGUCGGCGGGAAGAGUGUUCACUUAUAAGGAUGUUUGCCUUCAUUUUCAGGUUCCUCAUAUUUCCAACAAAAUUUUUGACAAGAACUUUGACGUCUUUCAGAAUGACUGUUUCUCGAACACUCACGCAAAGUUAUUAGCUGACAUUUAUUCAAAAAACCAUAGUUCUAUGUUCAACAUCACGUUCCCCAUCUACCGUAGUACUUACGCGACGGAGCCAAUCGAUAUUUCGAAAGUUCUUGGAAAUGUCACUUUGAAUUCGAAUGGACACGUCCAAAAUGCGUCCGCGUGGAUGAUUUUGUAUCAGUUGAAACAGUUCGGGCCAGGAAAAGGACAGUUGUCGAAGGAUUUCGAGGACGGAUUGGCGGAAAAGAUUCAGAAUAAAGAGACGCCUUCUGAACUGCUGAAUUUGUAUUAUUUCCAUUCUGCCACGUUUGAUGAGGAAUUGGAGAAAGAGAAUAGGAGACUGACGCCCAAGUAAGCUGGCUGCAAAACGUUUUUUUUUAACACAAAAAAGUGCUCUUCAGAUUUUCCAUAACAUUCACAGUCCUUAUAAUUUUCGCAAUUCUCUCUACGUUCACUAUAAAAUUUGUGGACUUUGUGGACAAGGAUUCAAAGUCAACUAAACGAUACCCAGUAAUUGAUUGGGUGCUCAGCAAACCACUUUUGGGGGUUUGUGGAGUUUUGGUCACCCUUUCUGCAAUUAUCUCUUCCACUGGCUUGCUCAUGCUUUUCGAUGUCACUUUUGUGGAUAUGUGCACAGUUAUGCCGUUUUUAUCGUUGAGUAUGUUCUUCUUUCAAAAAAUGUUGAGCUGUUAAAGAUCUAAAAUGGAUUUUUUCAGCAAUCGGAAUUGAUGACACGUUUCUAAUGCUUGCAGCUUGGCAUGAGACAGACAGAAACCUACCGUAUCAAGUAAGUGAAAUUUGCUCUGCUUAGCCAAAACUUGUAGCCUGUAGUCUAAGCAGAACGAAGCAGGCGCGAAUUUUGGUGCUGCUUAGAUUACGAACUACGAAAUUCUGCUAAGUUUUUGUAGUCUGUAGUCAAAGCAGAACGGAGCAGGCGCGAACUUUGGUGCUGCUUAGACUACGAACUACAAAAUGCUGCUGAGCAGCACCAAAACUUGCAUAUUUCAGACCCGAAUAGAGCGUUCGAUGCGUCACGCAGCCGUAUCCAUCUCGAUCACAAGUCUCACGGAUGCUCUCGCUUUUCUCAUCGGCUCAAUUGCUCCGCUUCCAGCUGUCAUGUACUUCUGCUAUUAUUCAUCCGCCGCAAUAGUUUUCAUCUUCCUCUACUGCCUCACAAUGUUCGUGGCUGUUCUCGCACUUCAAGGAAGACGAGAACAAGAUUUACGGCAUUCGGUAACUGGCGAAAAGACUGAAAAUUUAGAGGAUUACGGUAGGGAGGAUUCCUAGAGAAUUUAAAAAUGUAAAAUUAUUUAGAUAAUGCUUCAACCAAACAGCUACUCUUCAAAAUGGGAAGUCGAGUGUCUGUUAAAGCAGACGAGGAAAAUAAUAAUAACAAUGAGAAAUUAGAUGAAAAAGAGGGAAACGGAGAGAAAGAUGUUCGAAUGUGGUACCAAAAAUUUUUCGAAGACACCUACGCGCCUUUCAUUUCAAGCCCCAAAAUGGCAUUUUUAAGUCUCCUCCUCUACAUUUCCUAUUUGACCACCGCGUUUUAUGGAGCUCAGAAUCUGAAAAUUGGGUUUGAUGUACGUGAAGUUUGAAAAGGAGAGAAUGAACCCCAUUUCAGCUUAUAAAUAUUGUGCAAGAAAGUUCGGCGUCUCGAGUUUUCCUAGAAGUUCGUAACAAGUUAUUCCCUGAAGACACCAAAGUGAGUUUUUUCGCAUUGAAACAUUUUGAAUUAAAAUGAGCAGAUUAUGGACAUUGCCAUCAUGAAAUCUCCGCAACUAUCGAAUCCCAUUGAACGGGAAAAAUUUAUGAACGUUUUGGAUGAGUUUGAAGUAGGUCAAAUAUGAAAACAAUUACGCGAACCUCACUUUUCAGAGAACUUGGUGUUCUGAAGGAAGGAAUUCCACGCAAUUUUGGUAUUUUGAAAUGCAAAAAUACUUGGGGCAACUUGGAUUCGGAGGCAAUGUCGAUAAAGUUUUGAAUAACAAGAAAGUGAGUAUCGUUUUGAUUUUGAGUCUUCAAAAUCCAGAAAUAUUUGUCUCCAGAAGCUCGAACAAUCAAAAAAGACGUUCUUGAUGUCAAACGAAAAGUACAGAUAUGAUGUGCUCUCGGAAAAUCAAUUUAGGCUAUCUACUAGACUGGUAAAUGUGAGCACAGAUGAGGAAAUUUCAAAAUGUGCUGAAACUAUGAGGUUUUGAAAGGAGCUCGGUUUGAAUAUCUAACUUAUGAUUCAGAAAGUUAUGCCGAAAACAUGAACAAUACAAUAUGACAACAUAUGCAACGCUUUGGAACAUCGCAGAUGAGUACGAUAUUAUGUGGCCCCAAACUAUGCAGGAUAUUUACAUUUCUAUAGGUUUUUACCACGCAUUCUCAACUUUAAAUUACUGAAAUUUCAGCUGUCAUGAUCCCAGUAGCCUUGCUAUUCAUCCCACAGCCACUUUGCUCACUGAUAAUAGGUACUUUUAGUCGGAAAAUCGUAUAAUAUUUCAGAUUUUUAAGGCCUGAACAUUGCUUCAAUUGCAUUUGGAGUAAUUGGUACAAUGUCCUUUUUGGGAGUCAGUCUAGAUGCCACGUCAAUGAUUACGGUUGCAAUGAGUGUUGGAUUUUCAGUUGGUAAGGUUUCAUUUCACUCAGCAGACCCUUGUCUUGGCGCUGCUUAUCGAAAUGUUGCAGUUUGUAGUCUAUGCAGAACGAGCAAUAAAUUCUGCAAAAUUGAAUUACAUAACAGUUAUUUUUCGAAAAUUUUCGUAUAUUAUCAAUGGAAUUAGUGAUCACACCGCCAACAGCCUAUUUUCUCUGUCUGCUCGCCCUCUCAAAACCGCCGUCUCGCCUCGCAAAAAGUGGGCGGAGUUAGCAUUCACACAAAACAUAGCAGCGGGCGGAACCCGUGAGGUGUCGGCUGCGCGCACACAUCACUUUCGGAAACCGCGUUUAAUGCAUUGAGACCAUACUAUACAGAAUCAUUUCUGCAGUAUGUAUCUCGUAAUUCCCAUCAAUUUGGUAGAGAUGCCAUCCGCGAUGAAUGGGUAACGGGCGUGCCGCGAGCGUGAAGCAGCUCCUUGAGAGCUUGAUGACCGCGUGGAGCCAAUCUUUUUUGGAGCCGCAGUGGCACGCUCUUCUGAGCGGAUAAUCUUGAAAAUAAACUGAUGGAAAGGAACAUUUUACUUCAGAUUUCGCCGCACACGUCUCCUAUGCCUACAUGACCGAAAACAAACCGUCGAAAGUUGGAAAAAGUCUAAUAUUAUCACGGUUUUGUAAUACAUUGGGAACCGUUGGAUGGCCAGUCACCCAAGCAUCUGUUUCCGUUCUUUUGGGAGUGUCUUCCCUGUAUUUAGUCGACAGUUACGUAGUCCAAACUUGUUUCCGAACAGUUGUUCUCGUUAUUUUAUUCGGUAAGAUUGUUGGUAUUCAGAUUUUAGACCAAAUGGAAGAAAAUUGUAUUUCAGGAACAACGCACGCACUAGUUUUUCUACCUCUUCUCCUGUUGAACGCUCACAGGUUAUACGAUUAUUUUAAAAAGGAAAAAGAGCCAGUUUCAGACACUUAGAGCUUUAACUUCACGUUGUUUGUACAUUGCUUGUUUUUGAAUAAAUUAUUAUAAAGAAUUGAAAUGUUCGAUAACCAGUGUCUAAGGAACAGAGGAGGAGAAUUCUCAGCGGAACACUUUAUACACGAUUCAUCCGAAAUUUAUUCGUAUCAAAUUUCAAAUCUUCGGCUUCAAUGCGAAUGUCUCAACUUAUCCCGGAACCUUUAAAUAAUUCCAAAGCGCUCGAAAGGACCACCCAUCACCCGAAAAAUAUCUCCUUCUUUUCUUCAACUGCUCCGAAAAUUCGUCGUCGUCUUCUUCUUCUUCUUCUUGCUCCGGCUUCUUCUCCUCCUCAUUCAUCAUCGCCUCGUCUCUUGGGCUCUCCGUGCACCGAAUGCUCUCUCCCGAGCCAACCGCUUUUGGUCUGGGGGCAGUUUGCAACUCUUCCCCUCCCCCCACAACUAUAUGUUUCGUUUUGCCAACUUUGUCUCAUAUCCAGUUUCAAACAUAACUUGCACUGCCCUCCCGGACGGGCUUGUCCUCUUUUUUUCGCGCGCCUCCUUCCCUUUUAAUAUUCUAAUGCGCUCUGACGGCUUAGCUCCUCGUCGUCUUCUUCUUCUUUUUCCGUCUAGAGCUCCGAGUGUUGACGGUGUUCUUUGUUCUGUUUCGAAAACCUAAAUUUAGUGCUGCUUAACCAAACGUGUAGUUUAUAGUGCAUGCAGACCCCAAGAUCGGAAGUUCGGUGCUGCUUAGACUAUGAACUACAAAAUCCCGUAAAGCAGCGCCAAAGUUUUGUGUCUUCACUGUACUCAAAACUCAAACCUUGUUGAGAAUAACAAAUUCAAGGCGUCUUCUUCUGAAGUAUGCCCUCUUCAGAAUACAAUUUCUUCUUCGUCGUCCUCUACCAAAACACUUUUCGCCCCUUUUCCUUCCACUUUUAAACUUUUUCCUCCAGUUUUUCGCUCUCUUUUUUUGAAAACAUGAAUAAAUAAACAAAACGUGGCUCUUUCGCCUUCUUUUCGUUUUCCCACACACUGAAACCUUUCUCAAUAAUCAAAUCAUGUGAGCGAAGUGGAAAAGUUCUGUUUAUCUUUUCCGUCAGCUGAAAAAAGAGAGAAAAAGUAAAAAAAAAUCUCUGUUUUUUGUCACGUCGAACGGAUAAACUGCUCGCGGCGGAACUCGGGAGGAAAACAGAGAGCAGAAAAAGAAGAAGAAGAAGAAGUGCAAGGGUUUUGUGAGCUCACAAUAUAAAUAAUUGAUUCGAGAUGUGUGUUUGUGCUCCGCUUUUUUCUCCUAUUGUCCGUCUAUGAAUCUGGCGAACAUGUGUGAUUUUGACUUUGAAACCUUGCACUGCUCAUCGAGACUUUGUAGUUUGUAUUCUAAGCAGCACCAAGCAGUUGCAAUUCUAACGUGUGGUGCUGCUUAGACUAUAAACAACAAAAAUUAGCUAAGCAGCCCAAACUUCUCAAUAUCCGCAGAAUCCAAAGGAGCCAAAAACUUUUGCGUUUCUGACCCCAAUGGAGUCAUAAAUCUGUCACUGAAUGUUCGUAUUCUCAUAUGAAUCAGCGCGAGGCAAUCAUUAUCCCUUCUCUUCAGUUUGGGGAGAGGUCUAACUUUUACUUUACACAUUUCUUCUUCCUCUGGGUCAGCUCCACUCCAUAUAAUUCUUCCAAUUAUAAUGAAAUGAAAAAGAGCGGGUGUAUAUAUAGCUCGCUUCUUCGCUUAUUUUCUUCUCGAGUUGCUCAAAAAUUGUUCUUGUACAUACACUGCGGGGCUCAUAAUUGAAAUGCGUAGGCGUUGGAAAUGUGAAAAUUUGCUCGACGUCUUCUCCUUGUGCUGCAUGGCGGCUCAUCUCAUUAGUAGAGCAAAAGCAUCCGACCCCGUCUCCUUUUCCCCCAUUUUCCCAUUUGUUCCUGCUCUUGAGAGCGCUAGACACACACGGAAAAGCAAAAAAGUAUGCUCGCGGAGCUGCCGCUGCGGAAUAGAAAAUCAGGGCGCUCAAACAUUUAUCACAUCUUUUAUCAUUUCAAUUUUGCCGCAAUUCAAUCCGACUCGCUAGCGGCUCUGGCUGCUCCGCGAGAGCAGAAAAACCGAAAAGAUCGUGUGAUUUUGAGAGAUUUCGAACCGGAUCUCAUGAUGAGAGGCCUCUCCGGAGCUUCUUGUCGCAUCCGCCAGAAAGAGCACGACAUGCAAAAACAUGAGCAAUUUCGUGUUUGUUGUCUUUUUCUAUUUUUGAAAGUCGCUACCCGACCCGAAUUGUUGUGUUUUUCGCCAAGUUGGUCCCAGUGAAUAUCUGAUUUGAUUCGAGUUUUUUGUAGUCACAGGAUUACUGUAGUCACCCUCACAAGACAUUUCUGCUCUUUAAAUUCAAAUUCUGAUGAGAAACAACCCAUUUUUCUUUAAAUGCCCACUCUCCCAAGUUUCUUGGCACUCUUGUAAAUUCCAAUUUUCCCUCUUGUCAAAAAUUGUUCAUGUUGUCCUUUUCCACUCUUUUUUGUUGGUUUUCUUUGUCAUUCACUCACAAAAACGGAGCGGAACUCUAUAAAAGGUGCUCCUUCCGAUUCUCUCUCUCCCUCUUUCUCCGCUUCUCUCUUUUUCGGGGGUCGAAAUUGAAAAGAGAGAGAGAGAGAGAGAGCACGAAUGCAUAUGAAAUUGCUUCUGGAGCCGAAUUCUGAAUGUUCCGUGCUCUUGAAUACGCCAAAUUUGUCAAGAUUUUCAUCUAAUGAGCAGGCCCACGAGGCUCGAAGCUCCGAGUGCUCCGAAAGAGCUCUUAGCACAAAAAGGAACGAGUAAAUGAUUCACCCAUAAUAUGCUCGACACCCUUCCACUUCAGAGUCACCCCCUUAUUCGCGCUUUUAAGUGUGUCUCUGCUUGCAAAUAUUGACCUCUGUCAGUCAGUCCAACAACAAUAAAUACACAUUUGAGACACCCGAGAAAAUGUGUUCACUUCACAAUCAGUUUUCUCUGCAAGCUUUUCGGAGAGCAAGAUUUUUUGCAAAGUUGAGAACACAUGUUAGUACUGUACUUGUAAUUUGUGACGUAAGUAGACAUCUUUUUGAGCUGCUCGAAGAGCUUCUCGCUUUUUGAGUAUUGCAGGCUCUAAAUCAUACUUUAAAGUAGAGUUUAGUUUGUGCUUUUGUACUGCUUGGUGCUGCUCAGACCCCUAUUUAUGAACUGCGCCAUACUGGGUCUUGGUCAUUUGAAAAGCAUCGGCGUCCGCGGCCCAUAAAUCAGCGCCGUAAAGCGCUAACACCCCACUAAUUUCCGUAUUACUGUUGAAAACCUUUUUCCCAUUUUCUCCUAACCAGUUCGUUUCGUUUUCCAUUUCGGGUUCGGGUUCGACGCGUCCAUCUUUCGGCCGUAGAAACAAAGGCAGUCCAUAAAAUUACCAUUUUCAAUUCUUCCCCCCAUUUUCUAUUGGUACAUCUGCUCUUCCCUCUUCGUUUCCUCACUGGAGACAGAUGGAAGUAGUUCCAUUCUAUUCCAUUUCAAUUUCCUUUCCGGAUCCAAAAAAGACGGAGAAAGGUUAGCGCAAAAAGAAAAGUACCGCAUAAAAAGUGGAACCUCAAUCUCGACUUGGGAUCUAGCGGAAUGGAUAGUGAACCAAUCCAAUCAGAUUUUUUCUCUGCGCCUCUUCGCCUCACCCACUAUUUUCUCGUUUUGAUGACCUUCGCUACCAAUUUGAUUUGCAAAAGAGGCAAACCGCCGAGCGAGUAGUACUCUUUUCCGAAAUAGGAAAUACCGGUAACGCGCCCCCCUGGCACUUUAAUUAUUAUGCGCACGCCUCCAUCUACCUACCGCUUGACUGUGAAGGGGGGUCUUUUCAACUAUUCCCCGACCACGUUUUCAUCGAUUUGUCACCUCUUUGGUUCGGAAAAAGAACGGAUAGCAAUAGAAUGAAAUUGUUAAUUUGAUGAAUUGUGGGUGGAGAGCUAAACUAUUGUCUAUUUGUUCUUUGUUGUUGAAAAGAUUGUGAACAGUGCAAUUGUUGACAAAAAAGUUAGACAAAAUCUCAACCCAAAUCCAAUCUCAGUCAAAUCAGGAGACGCCUGUCACUCCAAUUCCCGCCCAUUCGUGUCAACCUCGUUCCUCUCAUAUCCUUCUCAAUCUUGCAAUGCAAUAUUAGUUCGACUACUACUACUACUACAACUACAUGUUUCCGUUUAUAUCAAUAUCAGAACAUGUACGCCUGGGAAUGGCAGCUUCUUCUCCCAACUAAUCCGUGUUGCUCUUUCUUUUUCUCGCUCUCUCUCCGUUUCCGUCGCUUAGAAACCACGCAUAUAUUCUCAGUUUGGGCGGCGACGACAUGCCACUCACUUCUCAAAACUCUUCCUCUUUUCCUCCCGUUUUCCUCCCGUUUUUCUUUUCUUUUGUGUGUGCCUGUGAGUGGCCCCCACGCGACCCCCAUCCAUCUACAUUUGCCACAUAAAAUAUCAUAAAUUCCCAGCCUCCCACCGCUUUUUGAUGUGUUUCUUUCUUUUUUUUUUUCGUUUCGUCUUUUCGCCGAAAAGGAAGAAUCAUCAAAAUGUUUAUCAUUUUCCUCUCAAAAGCGGCGAACUGGGCUGAAAUUUUAUGUACGUGUGGUGCCUCGUUUCUUAUCAUUCUUUAUCAGCUUCGAAAGUUUGUCGGUCGCACUGUUUCCCUUUUCAUUUUGCAAUUAACUUGAUGGGAAAGUGCUCGUUAGGAAGAAUUAGGAAGUUUUAAACCACCAUGUCUGGAUUCAAAUAUUUUCUUUGAAACAAUUGGUUCAACUUUUAAUCUUCCAUUUCUAUCACUUCCAGCUUUCUAGGACAACUUUUCUUCUUCUACAAAUCACGUUUGAUGUACUUAUCUCUGUUUUGGUCGAAUUUGGCAAACCUCCCAAAGAGACCUGAUCACUAUUACGUGUAUAUUAAACUUUCGCGCACUUCUCCGAACCUAACCCCUUAUUUACACCCUCCUCGCUAACCCCCCUCACUUUCCGGUGUUGACACAAUCAUGACAGUAAUCCUCUCUUUCUCUCUCUCUCUCUCUUUCUCUCUUUCACUUUGGUCGUGUCUAUUCCUCUAAAUUCAACAAAUAGACUGUCCCUUUUCAAUUUUAUUUUCUCCUAGACAGUUCCACUCUUCCCGAGGAAGAAUGGUAGAAACAGGAAAAUCCACGACACGAGUGAUUAUACACUUAUCGCCUCCGUAUCUUCUUAUCUGUCCCGCCAGUGGGGAAAAUCGGGGAGAGAGAAGUGUUCCGAAAAUCGUAAAACGUGUCGUCGCGCCUCAAGACGCCGUUUUCGCCCCCAGCUGUCAAGUUUUUCACUUUGAAAUUUGUGUUUGUCCAUUCCUUUUUCGCGUUGUCAACUAGACUUUCUCUGAUACAAAAUAUUCAGUGGUUGCAAAAGUUCAUUGUCCUUUUCCACAUCGUGGACUUAUGAGAUCCUGAAAAAUUACGGUAGGCCGCGAUGCAUCAUUUCAAAAGCGAUAAUAAUAUUUUGACAACAACAAAUAUUAUUUCCUUCCUUCUCCUUUCUCCUCUCAACUUGAUGUUAUUAUUAUUAUCUCCGUCAUAUCUAACCUUCCCCCCACUUUUAUAUGUUCUGUUCCAAAAUCGCACCUCGGCCAUAUCUUUGAUCUACUUCUCCUUCUUCUUCUUCUUCUUUUUUCGUCCAUCGCUCCCGUGUACACUUCUGACCUUCUCCUCUCAUGCUUCAUUUUUCGCAUUUCAGAGAGUGCUCAAGAACAUCUGGCACCAGAAGAGCCAAGCAAAAAAGAGGAGAAGAAUGGCCUCUGUCGCCAUUUCGUCGCCCCCGCUCUCGCCAUUGGGAAAUAAUAAGGACAAGAGGUUUGUUUAUCACAAUUGACAAAAUCUGGACGGAUUUGUUGAACUUUUCUUGGGAGUUUUGCGGCGCGGUGCAGGUUCAGAUACUGGCGCUGCCUAACGAUUUUUGUAGUUUGUAGUCUUAGCAGCUCUAUAGGUUGUACGGUCUGCUAAUGCGCUGCUUGGUGCUGCUGCUCAGAAUAAAAACUACAGUUCAAGUUAAGCACCUUAAUUUUGAUCUUCUGACGUCGUCUUUAACUGUACUUUUUUGCAAAGCAGUUCAAACUUUGACACAUUCCCAUUCCCAUUCAACUCUUGAACUGGUUCCCGUCCGCCGUCUUUCUCUUUCUCUUCCCAUCCUUGUGUGUGUGUGUGUGUGUUUGUAUACAAUGACCAAAUCGUAAAAAACUGAAAAAAAAACUGUGAGGUAGGAAGGGGCGUCGCGAAAAUUUUAGUGUGUUGAGAAAAAGUAGGAAGGCGGUGAGAAUGAAACAUUUGUUUUGUAGUCAGUUCUACUUCAUUUUCACACUCGCUGCAACUAAAGCUUUCGCGGGCUCCCCGAGCACUGACAGGUGCAAAUUGAAAAUGGAAAAUGGAAAAUUAGUUUUGGUUGACGCUGUCAGCUCCCAAAUCUUAUUUCAUGCUUUCUCACACAAAAAAACAUAGAAAACAUAACGUUUGUCUCAUUUUUCCGCCUUCGCCUCUCACUUUCUCACAAUAUUUUCGAACCGUUUUCGCGCACCCACGAAGAACGACUUCAAGGCCAAAAUCAUCAUCUCUUUCCAAUCUGUCAUUCUUCUUUGCCAUCUAUAAUUGCCACUUCAUUCAUUCAUUCAUUCAUUCAUUCAUUCAUCUCUAUAAUAUAUUUCACGCUCUCUUUUCCUUUUCCCCUCUACUCCUCUCUCGAUUUCACCCUAUUUCUGCGACGGGUUCAUCUCGAAGACGACGAAGAAUGAUGACCAUUUUGAGGUGAAACGAGAAGGAAUUGGGUGGGGGCACAACGAGGAGAAAAAGAGGACGUUGUGGUCGGUGUUUGCAUAUUCUGCCCCCUAUUCCAAGCCAACCACCUCUUCGUUUUUUUUUCUACUUUUUCAUUCGCAUCCUCCUCUCCUAUUCUAUUCUAUUCUAUGCUACUUUACCACAAACAACAAUUUUUUUGAGAAGGUCAACCCGUGAUCUUCAGAAUGAAGAGUAUUCUCAAACAUUUCGGAAUUGGACGCAGGACAAAGACGUGAGAGAUUUACGGGUUACUGUAGACAACUCGAACUCAAAAGCAGCACUAAAGUUUUAAAAGAUUGGUGCUGCUUAGACUACAAACAACAAAAUCACGUUAACAAGGACCAGUUUCAUGUGAUUUUCAUGUAUUUCUGAAAUAACCAAGUACUUCCGUAAAACGUCAGAGCUUUUUAGAGUAUCUCAGAAAAGUUCAACAGAUCCAAUGUUUUAAAGCAAACUUUCACUUAUCUUUUCAUUUUCAGAGUGUCAUUCGGCGAUGAUCACACAUUCGUCUACGAAAAAGAGGAUGAUGCGACGCCUCUCGUGCCACGUCAACCAUUCACUGAGUACGUUUUUUCUUCUAAAUCUUCAAUCCCAAAUCACAACCCCAAACAUCCCUGUUUUCUGGUCUGGAACACGCAAAAAACUUCCGUUCCCAAAUCAAAAAACCAAGAAAAAUGGAGAAAAAAGGAAGAAAGCUGUGAAAGAACGGAAAGAAUCAGCUGUUUUCUUGCUCUGUUCUCUCUUUUUUUUUUGUUUGGCAGUUUAAGAGUGUUAUCAACCCGUUUGACAUACAGACAAAAGAUCAAGGAGAGACGGAGAGAAAGAGAGAAGAACAUAUGAAGAGAUAGACGACUCGGCCGUGGCUCCGUGCUCUGUUUCUUCGGAGCAUUUGUGUUGCUCGGCUCUGCUCCAACGGCUCAUCCCUUCCCCCUUCGAGAUCCGCCUCUUUUCCUGCUCUCGCCUCUCACUUACCCGCCCGCAAAACAUUGAAAAGUGAAGAGAUUACUCGCUUUUUUGCCUCUGCUUCGUAUUUCUUCUUCUUCUUCUUCUUUUUUUUCUGCAUCACCACGCGUCAAUGACAAAGUGAGUCUCUUGUUAUCAAUCAUGUGACACCGACCUGACUCACUUCUGAGCCAGUUCCUUUUUUUUGUAGAUUUGAGCCUGGAAAUGAGUUUCAUGAAAGAGUCUGUUUGUAGUUGUACAUGCUUUUGUAGUUUGUAGUCUAAGCAGCACCAAGCACCGCGCUAGCAUUUUAUACUCUCAAUAGAAAGUCAGAAUCCUUGCAGUAACUGUUGACCUAGGCUCCCGGUUUUUGUGUGUGUUUUCCAGCUGAAAUUCUGAAAAAAAAACCAGCUUGGAACUCAAAAAGAAAACAGAAUAGAGCCCCCAGUUAUCCAUCUCAUUUUUCUCAGCGAAAACCAGACAUAGAAAAACAAGCGAAGAAGACCUCUCUCACUGAGUCAUUUUUGAGCUCUCCCGCUCAUGUUUCAUCGCAGUCAAAUGUCACAAUUUGUUGCUCGACACACGAAGAAACGAGAAGAAGAAGAGAGGAUCGCAAAGUUCUUCUCGUGGGAAUAUAGAAGUGUUUGAGUCGGAAAUUUCAAAUUCCUCGUUUCCACCCCCAUCUCCUCUUGUUUCGUUUUCACUUUUGACGACGUCUCGAAUAUCAAAAAGAUGGAGGAAAAAGUAAUUUCGGACGGAAUUCUGAGCACCGGCGCGAACGAAUCACACACAACAUCCUCCGAAAUUUCGACGGAAUAGUGUGGGGAAGUGCGAGACGCAGACAUGAUCAGUUGGCGGCUUUAAACUCUUCGAAUUGCACUCCCGUCGACAGCUGUAAGAUUAUCAGUUCGCGUAUCAAGUUCACGAAUCGAUCGAUUUUGAAUAUUUCAUCAUGAUGUUCUGCAAAUUUCUGAAAAACGUUGUGCGGUAUGCCCUGAACAGAACUAGUUAUGAAUGCAUACUUUCACCGUUGAUAUAUAGUUAGAUGGACAGAGAGAGAGAGAGAGAGAGAAAGAGAGACAAUUAUAAAACAGAAGUAAAGAGGGGAUUUUAUUUACUUUACUGUUUCGUUUUCUCUUCAUUUCCGCUCACUCCAUUUUUUCGAAACGAACAAAUAAUAUCGCAAAUAUUGUCAAAAGCCUCCCGUUUCGUUUACCACCGCCGCUCCCCGCCGCUACUUUUUCGAUUAAUAUUGUUGGUUUCCAUUCCAUUUUCAUGAAAUUGAAAAGCGGGGGGGAAUGUGAAAUUGAUGGAUUUGUGAGCGAGACUGACGAUACAGAAUACAUGCUUUACAAUUAGACCACCGUUUUAGGAAAAAAGCUUUUUUGAACUUCUCUCGCUAAAGUGCUCAAAAAAAAGUCCCGUCCCACGCAGCUUUUCGAGUUUCGAGUUCUCAACCCAAAUUCCGAAUUCCGCCAAAGGAUCGAGCGGCCAGUAAACAAAACAAAAAGUGGGCGGGGCCUCGUCCAUCGCGCCAAAUUGAAUUCUCCCCUUUGCCCCAUCCUUUUUUCGCGUUUUUCUCUUCCUCCUCUUCUAUCAUCACAAUACUUUUGCGAACCUGAACCGCCAUUCAAUGACGAACCGAGAGAUGAAAAUUGAAGAGAAAAUUGACAAAAACACAUUGUGACAGUUUGGAAAUGGUGGAAAAGUGUACAUGGAUAGAGAAAUAGUUCAGUGUUCUUCUUCUUCUUCUUCCUCUUCUUCUCUAACUUCUUCGUGUAUUUUCUGACAAAAAAUGGCAAAAACGAGGUUGGUGGAUUAGUGUUUUUGAGGGGGAUUAUCAUAAGGUUAGAAGGAGCCGGAGAAUCCCUUCAAAAUGUGUGUUGAAUAAUGUUGUCGAUUAGAAUCAGAAAGACCGGAAGGACGUAUUUCCCCUUCCCUUUUCGGGGCUUCUUCUUUCUCGGAUCUUCGCAACACUUUGUCCGUCUCUCUUUCUCUGCGCCCUCCACAGAAUGCACGCUCACUCGCCACCACACGGCCAUAUGCAUUCUAAUUGCAUUCGCAACGUCGUCUCUCCUCUCUCCCUCUUUUUCUUUCUCUCUUUAGGACUCUCUGGCUGCUCCAGCUUCACCCAUUCUGCCAUUCGGACCUCAUUUUGUUGUGUGUGUCCCUUGCUCUUGCUCCUCCGGCCCCCGGCUCCACGUCCCUCUUUUCCUCUUGUUGUUUGUUGCACUUUUUCGAGAAACUCUGGGAGCCAAUGGCUUCACGCCAUCACCACCAAAUGAGCACAGCGUCCAUUCUCAGUCGAUGAGAAUGAGCCAAAAAAAGACGGACGGAGAGAAGAAGAUGUCCUCGACGAGAACGGACGCAUUCAUUUGAUGGGAAUUGGGAGCCAAACCGCUCGUCUCCUCACUCUUUUCUUACUGAAAAGAAUGGUUGAGAUAAGAGGAGGAAAAGCGGCCCCAAACUCGUAUUGUUUUCUGUUCCGCUCAUCUUAAAUAACAUUAUUUCUUCUCGAUUUUCCUGAUUAGCCUGAUUUUCUCUCACAAUACUUAAUUCACAAGGCACACGGCCCGGCUUUUCAUACAUAUUACUUUCGGUUUUUUCAAUAUAUCUCCAGAAAUCGAACUUAGGGACCUCUGAUUUUUUGAUAAGAGUGCAAUUUUACCGGAUUCUUCAAAAUGAGCCAGGUCAGAGGUAAAUGUAAGGUUUCAGAGAGGUUACCGCUUCACAAUUUCCACUCUUUGCCGCUUUGCCAUGCUUUGCCGGCUCGUGGGGCUGCUUAGUGAGUUUUUGUAGUUUGUACUCCACGCAGCACCCAAAUCCGGUCGAAAAAUAGCAGCAAACAGACCCAAAUUAGGUGCUGCUUAGACUACAAACUAAAAAUGAGUUAAGCAACACCAUGAUUUUUGCCCAUUUUCCGGGGGCGCUUCGGGAAGAAGGAACACAAAAGCGGAAAAGUGCGCUGCGCCCGUCAGUUUGGACUAAUCCGGCGAAUGGAUUGAAGUUACUUAGCCUUCCUUUUCCUUCCCAUUCGCCUUCGUCUUCUUCUUCUUCUUCUUCCUCUUCUUCUUUGCAUUCAAUUUCUUCUUUCCUCCCCAGGACAACCCAUUCUCAAUCUCCCUCGUCUUCUUCCAAUUUCGUCGCUUUGUUCUCAUUUCUCCCUUGCCUCGAAGAAGCGAAAGGAGCGUGCGACCAAAUUAAUGUAAUUUGAUUAAUAGUACAUAUGCGACUCGACACGACGCUUUUACCGAGAUUCUGAGGCCCAUUCAAUUGAAAAGAGGUUCAAAAGGAGGAGGAGGAGAGGCAGAGAGCAUAGUGAUCAGUCAUGUGGGAAAAGAGCACCUGCGACAAUUAUGUAUCCAAUCGGAAACGCGCGUUUCUCUCCCUCUCGUCUCUUUUCUGUGUCGACCUAUAUUGAUGAUAAUGGUCCAUGCCUCAAAACCACUUCACGAGGGAGGGAGACCCCCGACAAAGCAGUGCGUGUAAUUUGAGACCGAUUCGUUGAUUGUGUACACUUUUUGAGCCAACCGCGAACGUUAUUUGCGCAAAAAAGACUGCAGCUUUCCAGGGUUUUCGGCUAAAUUGCUUUUUGGACAUAAAAAUCCUUUGUCACACCCCAUUUAUUUGUUCCGCCCGCGGAGCACAGUACCAGUUCGGUGCCGUUCCCGAGCCCAUUUAGCUCGUUUAAAUUGACCUUUCUUCUCGCCAAUUUUCGCUCAUAAAUGGGAACAGACCCCAAUUUGAAUAAAUGGAAUGGAUGACAGCUGUUCGUUUCCCUUUUUGACCCCAUCUCCGUCGCCAUUUUUUACAAAAUGUCAAUUGUUUUAUUUCAGUCCGGACGCGCCGGUCAGUCGAGUAGUCGUCACUUCGGAAACGGUCGUUCCCGAAGCUCCGUCGCCGAUUCCGCCGCCAGCACAGUUUGAGGAGGUCAGGAGAGUCGCCGUUUCGCCGCCACUUCCAUCCAAGUGAGUUCAGAUAUUAUACAUUUCCACUUCUUGGUUCUGACAAAAGACAAAAUACGGCAGCUAAACUAUUCUAACUUUAGACCGAUGGAUCUUCAUUUCCGGUUAGUUUUGUUCAGAACUGCAAAAAUUGUCAAAAAGGAAGCUUCAUGUACUUUAUUGUAUACAGUUAGUAGUGGUCGAAUUCCAUUCCACGUGGCAAAUUUGUGUGUGGUCACCGAGUGCCUUUGAGAACCGCCUUGUUAAGACGUGCUUCAUCUCAACCAAACAUUGUUUCAGAAAAAUGACGGAUGCUGAAAAUCCGUUCCGACCGGAGGAAAUCCUCUAUCACGAGGUCGAUCCGAUUGUGGAGCAGUACUUGCACAAACCGUUUCCGCCGAGCAGGCCCGGAUCCGCACAGAACACGCCCACCAAACAACAAAACUAUCAUCACUCACAAUCGUAAGGAAAAAAAAUGAUCAGUUUGCAUAAAACAAUGGUUUUCUCAGAAGCACGCCACCGCCAACGACCAACGAGUCACCGUUGUAUCUGCAGAACGGGUUGAGCAAAGAGCAAUUGGUGCAAAACGAGAAAAACGAGGCAAACCAUUCGGAGCCACUGCUCGCCGAGCACAAUCGGUACGAAUUUGUUUUGAUAAAAGAUGAUAAUAGAAAAUAGCUUUUAAAAAACUUUGCUUCAAAAAUCCCGAUUGAAGCAACACCUAGGCAGAAAAUAUGAGCUCAUUUUCGUAGUUUGUAGUCUAAGCAGCGCCAAACUUUACGACUGCUGGGCGCUGCUUAGACUACAAGCUACGAAAUUUCGUUAUGCAGCACCAAAAUUUGGUUUGCACUUUCCCGCGUUGUAGUUUUUGCGUUUUUGCUGUAACAAAAAUUCAAAAAAGUCUGUAUUUUUCAGCAACGAAGAGUACGUCGAAGACCUGCCCCCAGCCGGCAAAGUGGAGCUGAUACACGUGAAGAAGAAGAAGUGCGGAUGCUGCUCGGUACAGUAA